AUGGCAAGUUCCGAGCCCCUCCACGGUUACUGUCUCUGCGGUCGUAAUCAAUACCAGAUUCACAUCCCUGAAGAUAUGACCGAACACGCACAGAUCUACUUUGACAGCAGCCGGGACAACCGAAGAUUCCAUGGAACCCCUCUCACUGCAUGGCUCCGAGUCCCUCUAUCCUGGUAUCAGUCGCACACGCAAUCGUAUUUUCCCGAUGAAACACACGGCACCAUUCGGCGCGUCUUCUCGCCUCACCAUGCGCCGCACACGCAGCGUGUUUUCUGUGGAUUCUGUGGCACCCCUCUUACAUACUGGAGCGAAAUGCCCCGGGAGGAAGGUGAAUACAUGUCAGUGACCAUCGGCAGUCUUGACGCCGACGAUCAACGAAUACUAGAAGACCUGGAUUUACUCCCUGAGUCUGUUUCUUCGGAGGAGGAAGAAUCGGCAGAUGAGGCGCAUGUGAGUGUAGCUCCAGCUCCAGCGUCUGCGUCAAAGGCAGCCCGGCGUGUCUCGUCUUCGUCUUCUACUGUCGUUGUGCCGUCUUCGGGCAGCGAAGGGGGCUUCUCCCAGACUUAUCGCGAGGGUAAUAUGGGGGGAAUCCCGUGGUUUGAGGAGAUGAUUGAAGGAAGUCGGUUGGGCCGGGUGAUGAGGGCUAGACGCGGAAUGGGGAUGAGUAAUGAUCAGUCUACGACGAUAGAGUGGGAGGUUAGCGAGUGGACGAACGAUGAUACUGGUAUGGUGCAAGUUGGACAGUCCCGUAGUGGAUCUGGGAAACGGAAGCGUGGACAGCCAAUAUAG